AUUUUGGCUUUUGUCGGUCACUCGUUAAACCUCUCUGUAGAUUUUUAGUAUUCAAAAUAACACUGUGUUAAUGGUGAUCCUCGGUGUUGUAAAUAGGAGAACUAAGCCAGUUUUGGUGCAGGGAAGCCCUCUGGUUUCCUUCCAGCCUCCUCCUUGGCUGCCUUCUGGGCAGUGCAGGUACCUCUGUGAGAUGAGCCGCUGCCUCACACCACAGGAGGUGUUUUUUGAAAGCAGAUGAAGAUCAGGUUGUGAGCCCGUGGGCUGCUCUGCCUGCUCAGGGAGAGGGGAGCAUUGCAGGCAAGGCUGCGUUUUGCUGCACAUUAUAAAACAGACAAGUUUUGUUUAAAUAGUUCAGAAAGCAUACCUGGGAAACAGCUGUCACCUCUACAUGUCCCUUUCUUUGUUAAAAACAUGUUUUGUGAAGACAGAGACAACCAUUCAUGAGAAACAAACUUCACGAGGAGUGACUCUAUCCCCCAGUGCUUUUUCUCUGCCUUUUCUACAUGUUUGGUAUAAAACUAGUUGUGUUGUAAGUGCAGUGCGGGAAAAAACUUUGGUGACUUGUCCAGCUUUCUUCUGUCAUAGAAAGAAGCAUUCUGAUCCAAAAAAAUACCUGCUUUCCAUUAUGUCUUGCACUUCCUGGGUCUAAAGAUAAUUAAAUUUUUUUACGGUUCCAUGCUAGGUAGCUAUUUCUUCUUGUUUCCCCAGGAUUAAAAGGAAUAUGCUUCCAUUUCCCACUUAUCCAACACCUGGAGGGGUUGUAAUUCUCAGGGGGCACAGAGCUCUAAGUUCACCAGUUUGCUCACUUCAGUAGUUUUUAAAAUGUACAUAGCUCCUUGUCUGCAGGAUAAUCCCUACAGUAAAUGCCCUGGUCGUGGAUCAAGAAGAUUUAGCUUUCUGCGGCAAGGAAUGCUUACAGGCCAAAUACAAAAUCGGUAGGAAUAAUGUGAGGUCAGUUUGUGGUCACUGCAUCCAGGGUAAUGUCUGCAUCCUUGUUUUCAGAGUCAGUACAUGCAUUGAAACAAUUUGUGUGCUGUGACAAAGUGUGUGACGCAAAGAGCUCGGUGGGUAUCUACGGGGAUUGUGGUGAUUCAGCCAAGGUAUGCUUCAAUGGUAAGGGGACGGAAACUUUGCCUAGCAAUGUAAGAAAAUAGGAUUGUUUGGUCUGUCGGGAUGCGUUUACUCAAUUGAAAUCACAGACGAAAGGAUAGCAAAUUCUUUUACGAGCCUUAAUUGAGCUCUGGAUGUCCUUGAGAAUGUGUAAUUCCUUGAUUCUGCGCUCAAAUUGGGAAUAAUAAGAGGGAUAGUUUAACAUCUUUGUUUAAACAGCAUUGUCUUCUCGUACACCAUGGAGUAUCGAACUUCUCUUAUUUUUGUUAAGGUGAGAAACUGAUAGGAAGAGACGAGCUGAUGACUUGGAUAACUUGCAGUGAAGUGAGCUGUGUGGAUUACUUCUGAGGAGGGAGGGCUUCAGUAUCUGUACCAUGGAAUUACAAAAGAGCAGCGACGUUAAAAGCAAAAUGCGGGGCUCUGUUCAGACCUCUCACCUCUUUUCCUAUUCUGAGAAAGCUCAGCAAACUCUGAUCAGAGACCCUGCAGCGGGAGCUAACGUCUCUGGUUUUGGCCAGGCACAUUGUGCCAGUGUUUCAGACUUAGAGUUGCAAGAGGAAAGCUUACCUUGCUUAAGUUCAUCUUUAGAUGCAGAUAUUGAAAUGUACAAUAAGAAGAGAAAGCGAGUUUGCUGUGAGCAGGUAGAGGAAAGCAAGAAAGAAUCUGGUACGUUGGGAAGGGUGUGCAGCGAUACGCGUUCCAAUUGCGGCGUGUGUGAUGGUUGCAGACAGAUCCGUGUAGGUGAAGAAGAUUCACAGCUGGAGUACAUCAGUGCUAACGAGCAAGAACCGGAUGGUAGGGACAGCUCAGGUGAGCUUUCUGAGCAAUGGGAAACUGUAGGGAUCAAAACCCUAAAGCUGAUGGAUCCAGCUCAUCAGGUUCCAGGUGGUGGAGCUGCAAAGGAGCAAAGUCCUGUUGAUGUGGUAGAAGAUUGUUCUGCCCCUGAGUACUGCAUAGGGGACCAGGUCCACACGGAAGAAGCUGUGCCAGAGCUUCCCCAGCUGCUUCAGGACUCUCUGCUGGUUUGCAGCAGCACAUCUUGUGAUCAUAAGGAAGAGCAUACAGCAUGUAACAAUGUUCUUUAUGGAAAUAUACUUGAAAGUCAUGCUUGUGGGGGUAAGGAAAGGGUUUAUCCAAAUCUGCUCAUGUGUGAUGGUUUAGAAAACGGAGAGGUGAAAGAUGCUCCCCUGGUUGAUGGUACACAUUCACCCCUGGUGGCCCCGAAUAAAGAGGUGUCUGAGCAGAAUGACAGGCAUGUUCACAGCAUGGCAGUGAAGCAAGAAAAUCCUUUGCUGCCACCAAGAAAGGCCCCUGCAAGAGCCACGCAAUUGUGCAAAAGCACAAGGGACUGCAAUUUUUAUUCUUGUGAGGAACCUCUUGCAUGCAUGGUUGUCAGCACCGAGAGUCGCUUGUUUGGGGUGGAAGUUGCAGAUCAGUCUGGCAGAAACGCCAGCUCUCUCAGCCUGGAACCGGAGUGCUGUGAAAAUCUGAUAAACCUCACCAGCAACUCCAAAGUUAACCAGGCUGUCGAUGCGAGCUCUGAUUUCAGAGCUUGCUUUACGACCAGCAGGAGUACCAGCGCCCGGGUCCAUCUCAUGUCCAGGGCUGUCAAUACAGAGAUAACAAUGAUGAACAAAUCCCGGCCUGCGGGGUGGCACCAUGAAACCUGCACAGAUGCUGCAUGCUACAGGGACGGGCCCUGUGGAGCUGGUAGUGUGGAAGACGUUGGCUCACAGCUUAAUGACACGCUGGGAAAGCACCCGGAUGGCAAUACUGCAACGGCUGAGAGAAGUUCACAAAUGAAGGAGCAGUGGGAAUCCAAAGCUGAGUUGCGUAGCGGGGAUCUAAAGCUAAACAAUGACAGGCCAAUACACCUCAACAAACAAACUGUGAAGAACUCUGUGUCAAGCUACUGUCAAAAUCUACUGCAGAGAGCUGUUGAAGCAGAAUUGCAGAUUCUAACCACUCAUUAUCAGAUGUGCUAUCAGCACUGCUUGAAGGUUUACAAGCUGGCUUUGGAGGAAAACGUAUGCUUUAGCAGCAGAUACCAUGGAAAUGGUUAUGCUAAGACUGAAUUAGGUUCAUCUCUCUUGUUGGUUUUGGAAGAGCUAAAAAAGAAUUACAACAGCAUGAGAGUGAAAAUAAAAAUGGGCAUACCUUUAAAUGCACUUCCACCACUGUCAGUUGAGAUAAACUUGUUCCCAAUCUCUUCUUCUUACGUCCCAUGCAAGUUGUUCAGCGAGGACCUGUGCUAUGAUUCUGUUUCAGGCAUGAGGAAAGCAGACUUUGAAGCUCUAAAACUGCAAGAAACUAACACUUCUGUCAACGUGGACAAUACACAGAUCGUGUAUUUAACUGGUGGCGGUCAGCCUAGUGGCUCUUCUUCCUCCAAGACGUUGCAAGGACAGCGUAAAGAUCAGGAUGUGCAACAUGGCUAUGUAAAAACCGAAGACGGGAAUGAAUAUUGGUUUGAUGCUAAAGAGGAAUUGACAGUAGCAGAAUUUUCAGUAAUAUCUGAAGAAAUGGAAGAGCAACAAGAAAAACAAGACACAGUUGAUUUAAGAGAAGCAAAGAUAAGGGAAAGUGUGAACAAGUCCUUCUUUGUUUGUGUUGGUGGCCUAAGUUCUUCAGUGUCAGAGGGUGACUUAAGAUCACAUUUCCGGAAAUACCAGAUUUCUGACAUUCUUAUCUGUGUGGAUUCUGGUAACCACAGAUGUGCAUUUCUUGGCUUUAAAGAUGCUAAUGAAGCAAAGUUAGCAGUAGAGGAAAUGAGCAAGAAACAAAUAAAAGGAAAAACAAUAAGUGUUGAGCUUGUAAAUGAUUCAUCAGAGAACAAAUAUUCUGUUUCCCAAAUACUUAAGAAGAAGCUGUGGCGUGAAUUCCACUCUGUCAACGACAGUCAAAGAAAGGAUCAGGAUAAAUCGCUCAGUUCAGCCUCCAAUUCAGUGGAAGCUCCUGAUACCACCUGUGCUUCUGAGAAGGCGCCUCUCCUUCCCACAGCUGCUUUAAAAAUUCCUUGCUCUACCCAAGCACCUUUGGAAACAAAGUGUUCUGGUCCGAAAUCCUCUGUUGAAGAGUCGGACACUGGAGGCAAUUCCCUGCAAAAAGCAUCUGCUCCUUUCUCCACUAAUUCAUUUGGUGCCUUUAUUUCUCCUAAUACCUUGAACUUGAGCAGCUUUACCAAGUUAAUGAAGAAACUUCAAGAAAUUCAUCCAGAGGCUAGUAGAGACAAAAUUGUGGAUGCUCUGCUGGAGGUGAGGAAGAACAAUAAAGGUAUCCUCAGUGGCUUGUCCAUCAAUUCUAUUAUGGAAAGGACCUCUGUAAUCCUAAGGAAGUCAACGCCCAGCUGUAGCAGGGGGGAAAGCAACGUAAAUAAAUGAUUUUCUGAUUGUGAAGAACUGAACGCUUCACUUAGAAGAUUUUUGCAGUCCAUCUUGUUCUGGGAUCAUUCUGUAUUUUUCGUUUGUUUUAUUUCAGUAGCUCUUAAUGAAAACUUGUGUAGCAUCACUGCAUGAUUUGCAGUCUUGUUCGAGGGAAUGUAGCCUGGAGGUCAGUUGGUUGUUUUUCUCUAUAGGCAGAAAUUAAAUGAUUCUUCCCAGUUCUGUUGUUCUCUGCAGUUGGUUCAAGUGCUGAGCACGUUUCUCUAAGGCUGAAGAAAUCACAUUUCAGCGCAGUGAGACUUCUCUAAUAACAGCAGGACUUUGCUGUGCUGAAGUACACAACCCUUGCACAUCACUUCAUUUUAGGCAUGGCAGUAGCUGCUACGAUGUUAAUAAAUAGCCAGCACGCUUAAGUUCUUUCCUGAUAAUAUUCUAAAUGGGCUGCAGAGGUGUCACGUAUCCUUCUAAUACCCGGAGGAGAGGGAGGCAGUGAGGACGUGGAGCAAAGCAGGCUUUGGAGCUUGCGGUGCUGAGGGCCGUGGUUAUGCAAGACCUGUGCUGCAGCGACUUGCGAGCAGGCAUCCCCUGCCCAACCUCACUGCAGCACCAUUCCGCGUCCUGGCACGGCACGUCUUUCCUUCAGGAUCAUAUUGUAGCCUAGAUUUUCUUCUUCCAGAGUAUGGCUGCUUUUUUUUUUUUUUGUCUCCUAUUCCACUUCUGUUGCUGUAAGCAGAGCUGGGCCUCUGCCUCCUCCUUUUGUGCCCCAUAGCGUGGUACAGCAGUCAGCUUGUCACCCCACUGCUGCUCCCUGAGCCUUUGGGUCUGGGUUGGUGCAGGGGGAGCAGGAACGCCGAGGGUAUCCAUCUGUUGGGUUUGUGGGGGAGACGAGAAGAGGUCUGGAUUUUAAAUCCUGGCAGACAAAGGAGAGGCAGCUUAGGUGUAUGUGUGGGGUGAGGGGGUGAGAAUUAUUGUGGGUGUCAGGGGCAGGCACCCACACCAUGCCCCUGCUGUGGUGCUGCGUCCUUGUCCAUCUCUGUCCCUCUGCUGUGCUCUGCUCUAGAUCCUGCCUGCGUUUGCUGCUGCAGCUCCUCUUACCUGUGAAUAAAGGUUAAAAUCCCUUCUUUAAAAACUUGUGCUGCCGUUUCCCUCCCUCCAGCCCUCGCCUCUCUCCUCCCUUAGCAGAACUCCUGCCGUUAACGCUUUCAACCCCCAGCCUCCUCCUUCAGCCCCGAGCUGCGGGGCUGGGAUGAGCUUUGUCCCCCCCUCUCUCUCUGAAAGCAGCUGGAGGCUUCGCUCCGCCGCGUUAUUAAUAGCAAACGCCGCCCUUCGCGUCCCGCGCUUCGGCAGCUCUCCCAGCCCCGGCUUCUCCCUCCUGCGGCCCCUCGGCGGGCUCAGCCGCUCUCCGCCGGGGAAAGGGCCCGGGCAUGGCCCCGCUGCCGCGCCGCUUCCUCUGCUUCGUGCUCGUUUGUUCAGCAGAAGGAUGCAACACGUUGCCUACAAAGGACCCGAAAUAUCGGCUCGGCGAGCAGAUGCUCGGCGCCGAUAAUUGUCGGAGCUGGCUGGAACCAGCGGUGGGCGAUGCCAACCCCGAAUCCCCGCCCACCACUUCAUCGCGGCGACGGCGUGCCACGAGGCAGAGUACGGCCGGCAGAUCCGCGAGCGCUGCCUCCGGCCCUUCAAGCUGAGCAUGGAGGGCAUCGGGCAGCAGCUGUGGUGUGACUGGGACGAGACCAUGGGCGCCCCGUAGCACGAAGCCUGCUUUCUGGCACCUAGCUGCAUCGCUGUCACGGGGCGCCCGGUGCCACCGCGGUGCCCCUGUCUGUGUUGCAGCACCUACGGGGAGCUGACCAACUGCACAGCGGC